AUGGACAUUGUUCUUGAAGAUCUUCCAGAAGAAUACGACAUCGUAGUCACAGCCCACAAAGCUUUCCUUUGUCCCUACAACUCUGAAAAACUUGAUUAUAGAUCUCAAGAGUGUGUUUUCCUGUGCUAUUCCACAUCCCUCAGCCUGCUCCUUCCUCACAAACACAACUCUUCCAAAACACCACACCUUCACCAGGUUACUCUACACCUUCAGCCACCACUACUCAAGAUUCUGAAACCUAACAUUCUUGCCCCAACCACUAGCUCAAGCCCUAAUUACUGCCUUACACUAGCAGUAGCAACAUCCAACUCUGGCCCGUCCAAUCUUAAGCAAAACCCUACACCAGUGCAACUACCUCGUCGUAUCCAUAACGCUCAUCUCACGCAUACCAAAGCCAAAUAUGGCAUCAGACUAACCCAUGUGGUAUACUGUUUCCCAAGCACUUGGUGA